AUGAAAAGGACAACAACCAUCAAUCGCAUCUUGCAAGGAUUAAAUUCCCACAGAAACACAUUGAGCAUCACCAGUAACCAUAUUUAUGUUCUGCAUUCUACUUCGUCCUUGAAACCGUUGAUGAAACAUGCUGCUGUUGUUCCGAACAAUAACAACAAAUUGUUGAAUCAUCCAGCAACCACAUCAUUUGGCCAAAUACGUUCCUACACCACUACAAAUUGGUUGAAGGAAAAAGAAGCAUCCACUAACGAGAGUGGGGAAAGUACUUCAGCACUUUUGUCCUCCGAACCAAUCACUCUCAAUUUGAUGGAUUACAAGAAAUGGAAUGCUCAACAAGUAGCAUCAUUGCUAACUUCUCCUAAAUCUUUGAGUGGUGCUGGUUUGUCGGUUGAUGAUGUGAAGCCUUUGUAUGAGGCUGGUUUUGAUGGCUCAUCUCUCCACAACAUUGUUGAGAAUAUCAAGAUGGAUGGUGUAAAGUAUGCCAUCAAAGCCAUGUAUGGCAGCAAAGACUUUACUCAAGUCUCCGAAAAUACUUGUCAAACUGUUGUAUUUUGGGUGCUCGAUCAAUUAAUGACCAGACAAUAUUCACUAUGGCAAUUGGAGCCAGUGAGUAAACAAAUCAUACAAAAAUUGGGCGAACCAAUUGCAAAAGGAGGUGCUGAUUUGAGUCUUGAUCAAGUUUCUUCAUUAGAUGGCAAAACUCUCUAUAACAUUGCAAACGAUGUAGUCUCUUCCAAGGAAACCUCUUUCAUUAGAAAUCUUGACUUGAGUUCAGGCACAACAGUUGUCCAAUGGGUCAAACAAUUUCUACUACAAAACCAUAAGAUUCAAAUUGAGCUUAAAAAUUUUCCCAGCUCUAUUUCCUUCGAAGCACCUAUAUUCAACAAUCUUGCUUAUCAAAACAACAAAAACACUGUUGAAAUGAUGGCUGAUGUGUUGAUAGGAAACAUUUAUAAACACAUGAUGGGCCAAGCAUUACGAGACCAAGAACUGUUGAUCAAUUCUGCAUACUUUGGAUCUGGAAAAACGAGAUUGGGUGUUGAAUUCCUCGCACUUUGGAAAAAGCAAAUGUCAAAACAUCCGGAGAUGAGAAAAAAAUUUGAAGUCGAUUAUUCUAAAGCAGCAGUAGAGCAAUUAGAAAAAUCCAAAGUGAUAUACGUUAACUGUAGAACGUAUCGUAUCAUUAACAACAACUUGCAAGAGACAUUUACGAAACUGAGAGAUGAUAUAGAAAGAUAUAUUGGAGGUAGUAUUACAAGUACUCCUUGUUAUAUCAUAAUUGAUGAAAUAGGCUCUUGGCUAUACUAUUAUGAGCCACUACGAAGGCCCAACAUUCAUCGUUACUUUUGCGCCAUGUAUGACAUUUUGAACGAAUUUAUUUUCCCCUUUCAAAAAAUAUCUACCGUUAGUUUGUAUGUGUGUGGAAAGGGAGCUUUUUUAGACAUUAUUGGACAAUGUAAACUUCGCCCAACAUUACCUCCACAAACACUUAUGAAGGAGGUUCAUUUGGAAGCGCUCUCAAGAAAACAUAUUGAAUCAGGAAUUGUUAACUCUGAUUUUGUUGGAUCCCUCGUUUCACACUUUAAAGAAUUGAAUUUGUUUGACUAUUUCCUUGACCAGAUACAAGAAGAAACUCAAGGAGUUCCCAACUAUGUAGUUCAUUACGUUUUCAAUAACCGUAAACUGCUAUUGAACUGCAAAACAAAAGAAAAUAUUGAUCAGGCACUUGUCCAAAUUCGUUCAACACUUUCCACUUCUUUCAAAGCUCCAUUCGAACAAUUCUCUAACCAUCCAAUCUUGAUGAAAGUCUAUCAAUAUUUACUCUUUGCUGGUAUUUCGAAACUUGAAGCUACCGAAGCAUUUAACAUGGGUGAAUUUACUACAAACGGAACAGAAUUUGAAGGCGUCACUACCCUCAGUACUUAUGAUAUUGCAACAAUGUUGAAUUGUUUUCUACAACCAGUGAAGGACAAUAGAUAUCGUCUCUUAUUUCCAAAGGCAAUCAUUGAUCAAUAUGUAAAAUCACCUGCAGCUUCUUCAAACAUGUUUGCGAUUUCACAUAUUGUUGAAGAAUAUGGUCCAGUCCUUUCUCUUGGAAACAUUAUGGAGCAUCUAACACUUGUCAACUUUAGGUUUAGAAUGAACUGGGGGUCAAUUCAACGGCUAAGUAUUGGAGAAGUCUUUCCAUUCUUAAAGAAUACGUGUGUUGAAAAUAUUCCUUGCAAGCCUUUGGAAGUGGUAAACUUACGAAUGAAAUUGAUGACCAAUGAAACAAGUAACUUGAACAGUUGGAAGAAGGUUAUUGCUAUGUUGGAUGGAGGAAAACUUGGAUGUUUCUAUGAUCAUUCACAUUCACCUGACAAGAUUUGGCAAAUCAAUUUGGGAUCAAAGAAGAUUUUUAUUAUGAUUCAAGAUAAGAAUGUUGGAGAAUUAUCCAUUUCUAAAUUGCGUGAGGAAAUUGACAAGAAUGAAAAAAUUAGAAAGGCACUCGAUGAGACCAUUGAAACUAAAUUAAUAAUGGUAUUUAUGGUGAGAGGAAAUGCCAAGUUCUCAGGACAUUAUCUUGGUGGAACCACUAUUGGAGGAAUUCCAUUACAUCGACAUACAUCUGUAAUUAUUCUAACUGAAGAAGAGAUUUCAGAUUUUUUGGGAGACAAGAAUCUUGAAGCACUUCAAAAACUAUCAGGAUUGAAAAAACAGGAUUGA